AUGUCUAGUAACAAGGAGGGGGGCAAUAGCCCUACGCACUCGAGCGGCUCGAGACAAUCUGACAGCACUCCUCGCAAUGACCAACCCGUACCUGCCGAUCCGGUCAACGGUGACAACACCAGCUCAACUGAAACCUCGGAUGGCAACUUCAAUACCAACGAUUUUACCCCUAUUGACGUCACACACAACCAGAAGGAAGACCAGUCAUAA